CUGACAAUUAUGACGCUUUCAAUGGGUUCAGUGAAAAGUGAAUUAAGAUAUUUUUGACCUAUGCGAAUUCUGAAAUUUUGAUUAUUAUUCUGAAGUACAAGAACAUUUUGAUUUUUAAGUAAUCUUGUUAACCUGUUAUAAGCAUACAAUUAUGGGAACUGGUUCUAGUAUUCAGCCAAAAGAAGGCGUUUUACCAAACCCAAGAAUUCAGUAUGCGGGUGAAAGAAAGAAGAAAAAUAAAAAGGAUUAUCAGAUAGGUGCCCCAGUAUUGAUAGAUUUAGACCAUGGUUCAAUACGUUAUCGUUAUAUGCAAGAUUCAAAGGGAAGUUCUGUGAAGAAAGAAAAACCUUUUGAAGGAGAUCCUACACAAAAAAAGGGACACUACUUUUAUCACCCACGCUUGAAUGAUUUUAGCUCAAAAGCAUCAGCUGACCGAGAAGAUCCGCAGAAGUUUCUGUAUGUUGUGAAAGGUCCAAACAGUGCAAAAGACAAAAAAGUGUUUUAUGUGUAUGGCCGUAGCUUUGAUGAUAAAGAUGGAAAAUUGACAAAACCAAUGGCAACAAGGGCUAUGGGGCAGGACCCCACCUGGCCACUGAGACAGAAUGCAAAUGAUGUUUACUACAACCUUACAUUUAUAAACCAAGUACCAACAGAGGAUCCAAUCCCUGGUAUACCAAACAGAUAUCAGAUGCAAUUUGCAUUGAACAAUUCUGACACUGUAAAUGAUCUGAAGAAGAAAAUUGCUCUCACAAUUAUAAAGUCAUCUAGUAAUGUCCAUGUAUGUUUCCAGCAAAAUACACUCAGGUUAGUAUGUUUCUAUAGCCUAUAUCUUUAUAGUUGA